AUGUCGAUGAGUACAGCAGAAAGAGCUUUCGAAAGGUUUAAUAACGAAAUUACAGCAUAUGAAUCCUUAAUUCCUCAAAUGAAUGAGAUGGCCCUUGAUGUGGUACAAGAAUUUUCACAUAAACAAUCACUAAUACACCAACAUGCUGAAGAAAAUAAAUUAAAACUCAAUGAGUUGAUUAAUCAAGAAAUAAAAUUAAAAGAAGAAUUGAAUUUAUUGAAAGAAAAAGAGAAGGAUACAAGGACUCGAUUGGAAGAAAGAAUGCAAUCAUUAGAACAACAAAAACAAGUAUUUGAAGAUCUAGCAAAAAAGAAACAAGAAUUGAUUCAUGAUAAAGAAGAACUUGUAUCACGUAUUGAACAACUAAAUUCUAGUAUACACGAACGCAAAUCAGAACUUGAUCAAUCAAAUGAUAAUAUUUUACUUCAACUAAGUAAGAACUCAACAGAAUUGGCAAAAUAUGAAGCAUAUACUGGUUUAAGAAUUAACGCAAAAAGUCCCGAAAAUAUGAGCUUUAAAUUUUUCAACUUGGAUCCUAAUGAUUAUGAUAGAGAAUUUGUUGUGGAUUUAGAUAUCAGUGGGAAUAAUUAUGAGAUUACAAGUACUGAACCUCGAUUGAAUGACGAUAAAGUGUCAGAGUUACAGAGUACAUUGAAUGAGAGCAAACAACUUGGAAAAUUCUUAAAGGACAUUAGAAAUGAAUUUAAAGGUUUCAUAGCAUACUAG